AUCAGUAUGCUGCCUGUGGAGUGCAUCUCCCACAUCAUUUCCCUUACCUCCCCUCGCGAUGCCUGCAGAUCAUCUCUAGUCUCUUCUGUCUUCAGAGAAGCUGCCGAUUCCGAUUUUGUAUGGAAGAGCUAUUUGCCUCCAGAUAUUAAGCAAAUCAUUUCGAAAUCGUUGUUGCCUUCGCCAUCAUCCUUGAAUUCCAUCUCCAUGAAGGAUCUCUACUACUAUCUUCGUAUUCACCACCAACACAUUGUCUUAGAUGGUAACAUGAGCUUUGCGCUAGAAGAGAAGAGUGGAAAGAAAUGUUAUAUGAUAGGGGCAAGAGGGCUUUCAAUUGCGGGGGAAGAAGAUAAACUCGGUUAUUGGCAGUGGACAACCGUACCAGCAUCAAGGUUUUGUGAAGUAGCUGAGCUGAAAAAUGUGUUGGGGCUCGACAUCAAGGCGCGCAUAAAGACUAGAAUGUUGUCCCCGGGUACAACCUAUGCGGCUUACUUCGUGUAUCAGCUCCAAGGAUGCAGAUUUGGGUUUGCACGAACGCCGAUCGAGUUUCGUGUCAGUUGGGAACAUAGCCGAGUAGAAGCGAUUUGGCAUGGGGUGGUGCUAGACCCUUCCACAGUGUCGCCACGAGCUCGAUACAGAGGAGACGGGUGGAUGGAGGUGGAGAUGGGUGAGUUCUUCGUCAAAGAAGGUGACGACGCUACUGUAGAGUGUAGUGUGAGGGAAGUAAAUGGCACUAAGAGUGGCCUCCUUGUGGAAGGCAUUGAGAUUAGGCCUAAACUAGACGUGUAGUACUGCAUGGCGUAGAAUGAGAUGAAAUGUAACAAUUAAUACAGUGUGUGGCUUGAACGUACCAGGUUUAAUUUCAGAUUACUUACAUGA